CGCUUCGGCGUCCGAAAGAGCCGGGUUGCUCGGGACCCAUAGGGGUUCUACUCCUGGAUACACGCGUGGUCUGGUGACCCAAAGAGAAGACGCCAAAGCAAACUCUUUGCCGGGUACCAUGUCGACCGUGGUGGCUCAGUCGCUGCAUGUUUUUGGUCUUCGAUCCCACGUGGCCAACAAUAUCUUUUUCUUCGAUGAACAAAUCAUUAUAUUUCCUUCAGGAAAUCACUGUGUGAAGUACAAUGUGGAUCAGAAGUGGCAAAAAUUCAUUCCAGGCUCAGACAAGAGUCAGGGCAUGCUGGCCUUGUCCAUCAGUCCCAAUCGGCGAUACCUCGCCAUCUCCGAGAUCGUGCAAGAAAAACCCGUCAUCACCAUUUACGAACUGUCAUCCAUCCCUUGCCGGAAGCGCAAAAUCCUUAAUAAUUUUGACUUCCCCGUUCAGAGAUUUAUUAGCAUGGCUUUUUCUCCAGACUCCAAAUACCUGUUGACUCAGACAUCACCUCCGGAGUCAAACCUUGUCUAUUGGCUGUGGGAAAAACAGAAAGUAAUGGCUAUUAUUAGAACGGACUCUCAGAACAAUGCUGUCUACCAGAUGAGACAACUGAGGCUCCAAGAGGUUGAGUCACCCACCCAAGUAUCACACAGGUGAGCUUCAAUCCCCAGGAUAACACUCAGGUCUGUGUCACUGGCAAUGGGAUGUUUAAGCUUCUCCGCUUUGCCGAGGGCACCCUGAAGCAAACCAAUUUUCAGAGGGGAGAACCCCAAAACUAUCUAGCCCACACGUGGGUGUCUGAAGACAAGAUCAUUGUCGGCACAGAUACAGGCAGGCUCUUCCUCUUUGAAUCUGGAGAUCAACGCUGGGAGACAAGUAUAAUGGUCAAGGAGCCCACCAGCGAGACCAGGAACCUGGAGGUGAUCCGGGAAUCGGAGAGCCUGAUCGAAUUUCCGCCAAUCAGUUCCCCGGUCCCUUCCUACGAGCAGGUCAUGAUGGCCAGUAACAACAGCCAGCUGGCCAUGCCCCAGGUGUUCGCCAUUGCAGCCUAUUCAAAGGGAUUCGCCUGUGCCGCUGGGCCGGGGAGAGUUCUCCUGUUUGAGAAGAUGGAAGAGAAGGAUAUUUAUCGGGAGAGCAGGGAAAUCCGGAUUCCGACAGACCCACAGAGCAAUGAGCGGAGUCAGUCGGACAAACAGGACAUCCUCUGCAUGUGCUUCAGCCCCUCAGAGGAAACCCUGGUCGUCAGCACCAGCAAGAACCAACUGUACAGCAUCACCAUGUCCCUGACGGAGAUUAGCAAGGGGGAGCCUGCUCACUUCGAGUAUCUGAUGUACCCCUUGCACUCCGCAGCCAUCACCGGGCUAGCCACGUGCAUCCGCAAACCCUUCAUUGCCACCUGCUCUCUGGAUCGAUCCGUUCGCAUCUGGAAUUAUGAAUCAAACACUCUGGAGCUAUUUAAGGAAUACCAGGAAGAGGCUUAUACAAUCAGCCUUCAUCCAUCGGGGCACUUUGUUGUCGUAGGCUUUGCUGACAAACUACGCCUUAUGAAUCUACUCAUUGAUGAUAUACGUUCUUUCAAAGAAUAUUCUGUCAGAGGAUGCAGAGAGUGUUCCUUUAGCAAUGGAGGUCACCUGUUUGCUGCGGUCAGUGGAAAUGUGAUUCACAUUUUUGCCACUACGAGCCUGGAGAACAUCUCGAACCUGAAAGGACACACCGGGAAGGUUCGCUCGGUUGCGUGGAACGCGGAUGACAGCAAACUGAUCUCUUGCGGCACAGACGGUGCUGUCUAUGAAUGGAAUCUGUCCUCAGGAAAGAGAGAGACAGAAUGCGUUCUCAAGUCCUGCAGUUACAACUGUGUUACUGUCUCCCCCGAUGCCAAAAUUAUCUUUGCAGUUGGAUCAGACCAGACCCUCAAGGAGAUUGCAGACUCUUCGAUCCUUCGAGAGAUAUCAGCCUUUGAUGUCGUCUACACAGCCCUCGUCAUCUCGCAUUCUGGGCGCAUGAUGUUUGUGGGCACCUCGGUGGGAACCAUCCGUGCGAUGAAGUACCCGCUGCCUCUGCAGAAAGAAUUCAAUGAGUACCAGGCCCAUGCGGGUCCUAUCACCAAGAUGUUGCUCACCUUUGAUGACCAAUUCCUGCUGACUGUUGCUGAAGAUGGCUGCCUGUUUACCUGGAAGGUCUUUGAUAAGGAUGGUCGAGGAAUCAAGCGAGAGAGGGAGGUGGGCUUUGCCGAAGAGGUGCUCAUUACUAAAACAGACAUGGAAGAGAAGGCUCAGAUCAUGCUGGAGCUGAAGACUCGUGUGGAAGAGUUAAAAAUGGAGAAUGAGUAUCAGCUGCGACUGAAGGAUAUGAACUAUUCUGAGAAGAUUAAGGAGCUAACAGAUAAGUUCCUGCAGGAAAUGGAGUCCUUGAAAACGAAAAACCAGGUUUUAAAAACAGAAAAAGAAAAGCAGGAUGUGUUCCAUCGCAAACGCAUUGACGACCUCCUAGACAAACAGAGCCAGGAACUGCAGGACCUGGAGUGUUGCAACAACCAAAAGUUGCUUCUAGAAUAUGAGAAGUACCAGGAAUUGCAGCUCAAGUCCCAGAGGAUGCAGGAGGAGUAUGAGAAACAGCUUCGGGAUAAUGAUGAGACCAAGAGCCAGGCCCUGGAGGAGCUGACGGAGUUUUAUGAGGCCAAACUUCAGGAAAAAACUACCCUUCUGGAAGAGGCACAGGAAGACGUCAGGCAGCAGCUGCGGGAGUUCGAAGAGACCAAGAAACAGAUCGAAGAAGAUGAAGACCGAGAAAUCCAAGAUAUCAAAACCAAGUACGAGAAAAAGCUUCGGGAUGAAAAGGAAUCAAACCUGCGACUCAAAGGAGAAACCGGCAUCAUGAGGAAGAAGUUCAGCAGCCUGCAGAAGGAGGUUGAAGAGCGAACCAAUGACAUUGAAAGCCUGAAGAGGGAGCAGGUGAAGCUGCAAGGGGUCAUUAAGUCCCUGGAGAAGGACAUCCUGGGCCUCAAGCGGGAAAUCCAGGAAAGAGAUGAGACGAUUCAAGAUAAGGAGAAGCGCAUCUAUGAUCUGAAAAAGAAAAACCAAGAACUGGAGAAAUUCAAGUUUGUACUCGACUACAAAAUAAAGGAGCUGAAGAAGCAAAUAGAACCACGAGAGGAUGAGAUCAAGGUGAUGAAGGAACAGAUUCAGGAGAUGGAAGCAGAAUUGGAGCGUUUCCAUAAGCAGAACACACAGCUGGAGCUGAACAUCACGGAACUGUGGCAGAAACUAAGAGCCACUGAUCAGGAGAUGCGCAGAGAGAGACAGAAGGAGCGGGACCUGGAGGCGCUGGUCAGACGGUUUAAGACAGACCUUCACAACUGCAUAGCGUACAUCCAGGAACCCCGGCUCCUGAAGGAGAAGGUCCGAGCUCUCUUUGAGAAGUACGUGCAGCGGGCAGACAUGGUGGAGAUCGCAGGGCUGAACACGGACCUGCAGCAGGAGUAUGCCCGUCAGCGGGAACACCUAGAGAGAAACCUGGCCACUCUCAGGAAAAAGGUGGUCAAGGAGAGUGAGCUGCGCCGCACCGAUUAUGUCCGCAUCAUGCAGGAAAAUGUCUCCCUGAUCAAGGAGAUCAAUGAGCUCCGUAGGGAGCUGAAGUUCACCCGCUCCCAAGUCUAUGACCUUGAAGCAGCUUUGAAACUGACCAAGAAAAUCCGACCACAAGAUGUUCCAGAGACAGUGCCCAGCGAGGCCAUGCCCAGCAUCGCUCCCACCAUGAGACUGAAUGAGCAAGAAGAAACUGGGAGAAUCAUCGAAAUGCAACGCCUAGAAAUCCAGCGCCUCCGAGAGCAGAUCCAAGAGCAAGAGCAGAUCCCGGGCUUCCACCCGCUCUCUGUCGUCCGGCUUCCUUCCCUCCUUGAGUCAGAAGUGGACUUUGAGGUGCAGACCAAGUGACCCCCUCUGGUAAGCCAUCUGCAGUUGCAUCAGAGGAAGCCCUGUGCCUCUGUCCCCCGGCCGGCUCUGGGCUGGCCCUGCAGUCCCUGCAGCACUGGCCACACCAGCCUCUUUCUCCUGCCCUGGGGAACUUGGGAC